UUCCGCUUCCGGUUGCCUUGUUGCCUUGGAAACAACCACUCGCAACCAUCUUGGCGGUUAUGGCGGGGCUGAGCAGCGCUCAGAUCCCCGACGGGGAGUUCACGGCGGUGGUGUACAGACUCAUCCGCGACGCCCGCUACUCCGAGGCCGUGCAGCUGCUGGGCGCAGAGCUGCAGCGCAGCCCCAAGAGCCGCGCCGGCCUCUCCCUGCUCGGCUACUGCUACUACCGCCUGCAGGAGUUCGCCCUGGCCGCCGAGUGCUAUGAGCAGCUCGGCCAGCUCUACCCCGACAUCGAGCAGUACCGCCUCUACCAGGCCCAGGCCCUGUACAAGGCCUGCCUCUACCCAGAGGCCACCCGCAUCGCCUUCCUCCUCCUCGACAACCCAGCCUACCACAACCGGGUCCUGCGCCUGCAGGCUGCUAUCAAGUACAGUGAGGGAGACCUGCCAGGGGCCAGGAGCCUGGUGGAGCAGCUGCUGGGUGGGGAGGCUGGCGAGGAGGGAGGGGGCGAGAAUGACACUGAUGGCCAGGUCAACCUGGGCUGUUUGCUCUACAAGGAGGGACACUAUGAAGCUGCCUGUUCCAAGUUCUUUGCCGCCCUGCAGGCCUCGGGCUACCAGCCUGAUGUGUCCUACAAUCUUGCUCUGGCAUGUUACAGCAACAGACACUAUGGCCCUGCCCUUAAACACAUUGCCAACAUUAUUGAGCGUGGUAUUCGCCAGCACCCAGAGCUGGGUGUGGGCAUGACCACUGAGGGCAUCGACGUUCGCAGUGUGGGCAACACCUCAGUCCUCCACCAGACUGCUCUGGUGGAAGCCUUCAACCUCAAGGCAGCCAUAGAAUACCAGUUGAAAAGCUUUGAUGCUGCUCAAGAGGCCCUUACUGACAUGCCCCCUAGGGCAGAAGAGGAAUUGGACCCUGUGACCUUGCACAACCAGGCACUCAUGAACAUGGACACCAGGCCUACAGAGGGCUUUGAAAAGUUACAGUUUUUGCUGCAACAGAAUCCCUUUCCCCCAGAGACCUUUGGCAACCUCUUACUGCUCUACUGUAAAUAUGAGUAUUUUGAUCUGGCAGCAGAUGUCCUGGCAGAGAAUGCACAUCUGACUUAUAAAUUCCUCACACCCUAUCUCUAUGACUUCUUGGAUGCAAUGAUCACUUGCCAGACAGCUCCUGAAGAGGCUUUCAUUAAGCUUGAUGGGCUAGCAGGGAUGCUGACUGAGCAGCUCCGAAGACUCACCAAACAAGUACAAGAAGCAAGACACAAUAGAGAUGAUGAUGUGGCCAUAAAAGCAUUGAAUGAAUAUGAUGAUGCCCUUGAGAAGUACAUUCCUGUGUUGAUGGCCCAGGCAAAAAUCUACUGGAACCUUGAAAAUUAUUCAAUGGUGGAGAAGAUCUUCCGCAAGUCUGUGGAAUUCUGUAAUGAACAUGAUGUGUGGAAGUUGAAUGUGGCUCAUGUCCUUUUCAUGCAGGAAAACAAAUACAAAGAAGCCAUUGGUUUCUAUGAGCCCAUAGUCAAAAAGCAUUAUGAUAACAUCCUGAAUGUUAGUGCUGUUGUGUUAGCCAACCUCUGUGUUUCCUACAUUAUGACCAGUCAAAAUGAAGAAGCUGAGGAGUUGAUGAGGAAGAUUGAAAAGGAAGAAGAGCACCUGUCCUAUGGUGACCCAGACAAGAAAAUCUACCAUCUCUGCAUUGUGAAUUUGGUGAUAGGAACACUUUAUUGUGCCAAAGGAAAUUAUGACUUUGGCAUUUCUCGAGUUAUCAAAAGCUUGGAACCUUAUAAUAAAAAGUUAGGGACUGAUACUUGGUAUUAUGCCAAAAGGUGCUUCCUGUCCUUACUGGAGAACAUGUCAAAGCAUACAAUCAUGCUUCGUGACUGUGUUAUUCAGGAAUGUAUCCAGUUUCUCGAACACUGUGAAAUUUUUGGCAGAAAUGUGCCUGCUGUUAUAGAGCAACCCCUGGAACAAGAAAGAAUGCAUAUUGGAAAGAAUACAGUCACAUACGAAUCCAGACAGUUACAAGGUUUGAUUUUUGAGAUUAUAGGGUGGAAUAUGUAGUUA